CUUAAAGAUACUGUAUAUGUCUUUGGUUUGUUAGUACAGAAUAAGGUUAGCAUUCAAACACUUGUUGGCCGAGAAGACUAAAGACAAAACCAUAUAAAAAUGCAAUCAUCGGUUUCUUCUAGGCUAAUUGUACUUGGUUUAAUGUUGGCGAUUGUGACUGAUGUUCAAGCUGAGGUCAAAACUACUAGCAAUUUAAAUUCCACAGUGGCUUCCACCAGCCCUGUGACUGACACUAGUAAUGAUCUCAGUGCUCCAUCCACAGUCUCCACUAUAGGAGACACUGAAACAACUGCAACGAUAUCCAAUAAGAAGAAUGAAACCAGCACUCAAUAUCCCAAGAAAACAAAUCCAGUAGGAAAUGUUUCUAUUAGCACCACCGUUAGUACCAUAAAUACCGGGACUAGAACAGCGGCUGCCUCCACCACACCCCUCCUACCGAUAUCUUCAACUACCAGGGCUGAGAUCUCUGUGACAACCAGUACUCAAGUUUUUUUAGUAUCAACCACAACAUACGAACUUUCACAAGAUAAGGCUGGAUUUAUAAUUUUAGGAGUCUUUAUCAUCGCCAUUAUUCUAACUGUGAUCAUAAUUGUGUUUUUACGCAAAAAGACUCGGAGAUACUCUUUUGACCUGUACCGCAAACACCAUGAAGAUACAGAAAUCCCUAUAAGUAUUAUGGACGGAGAGGGAGCUAUCGAGGCUAUUGCAAGUAAAGAGAAUUCAGGCUUUGACAACGAAAAGGAAGAAAAGGUGGUUAAUGAGACAAAGGCGUCUCCAAAGACAUCUACAUCUGGGAAUGGUCAAGAAAAGCCAGAGACUGUGUCAAACCCAGGAGUAAACGGUGAAGAGGGCAGGGCCCCUUGUUCUGGAGAGUUGCCGGAAAGUACCCAGGACAGCUGUUUUACUGAGAUCCAGCUGGCGCAGGCUCCUUGAGAGAAUUCUGCUUUCUUAACGGUGGUGUAACUUAAACCUGAUGAAAGAAGAAAAGAAAAACACUCUAUCAUAUAAUAGACAAAUCCCUCCCAACGCAACACGACACGAAGAUCAUGACAGUAAAAACAGACGUAAUGAAGCGUUCUUACCUUUGUAUAAGUUAGUGAUCAGAAGAUGUGUCUGCCGCACAAAGAGCACAACGUGUGGUUUUCACUCUACUGUGCAAAAUAAAUGAUUUUUUUCUAUGGGUAAAUAUCGGCCAUAUAGGGACUGUUGGCAUGUAUGUUUAUUUCACAAAAACAAUAUCAUGGUACUGCUUGCUUCACUUCAGGAGUUUUUUUUUUUUUUUUUUUUUUUUAAACUCACUGAAAUGCCGUUUAAAUAAAAGCUUUUAACAAAAGGAAGGUGUUACAAUGGUUUGUGGGAAGCGUUAAGCUUUUGAGCACAAAAGAAGUUUCACUUAACACAGAGCUUGCAGUUAAUCCACAAGCCUAGGGAAAUACUACUUUUCAAACUCUGUACAUAUAAAUGAUUAGCAUGUUAGAAAAGCACUCAAAAAGCAAUAUUCAUGUUUAAGAGCUCAAACCCCUAGAGCAGAGGUCUUCAUAAUAAACCUGCACACCACAUGCACCCCAGGUAAUCUGUUUAAGCCGACUGUGCAAAUUGUGCCAUUUAGCCACACAUCUUUUGCACAGCCUGUAAAGCUGAAACAUUUGAUGUACAUGUGUGCUAAAGGCAGUUGAUGCAAGAUUCAGUGACCUUUAAUGUGGGAAAAACUGUAAUUUUGGAGGAAAGGGGAAUGAAAGUGAUUAUAGUAUUGCUCUAUGAAUUUAGUACAGAAUUUAGGAAUUUGGCCCAAAUUUGAGGACCACUGUCCUUAAGCUCAUUUUUUUUUUCAAGUUUAGCUAUGUUUUACUGUUAGUCAGCUACUUGUUACUUCCUUAAAGAGUAAGUAGCGGGGUUCUGAAAAAUAUAGCGCUAUAGGUCCCCACAUGCUACAAGUCUUUAAAUAACAUACCGGUGCUUGUCAUUUUUCUUUUCAUUGUUAAUAUCUUGACAACUUUUUACACUUAGAAGUUUAAAGUCUGUUUCAAAGCUCUUUUCAGCAUGUCAGCACUAGUGCACUGGGAUGAGACCAGGGGUGUGUCCUCUGAUUACUGCUGGAAGAGCGAUUUAAAAAAAAAUACAUUCAUAUAAUUGACCUCGCUACUUACUCUUUAAGUUAGUUCCUUACAAUAGUACAUGUUGUUUGGUUCAAACUAAUUUUUGUUAAUAGCGAUAAAUAAAUAAGUACUUUACUGUAUACACUUCAUCCUAACAUCAUAAUUCUCUUGAACUGCAUCUGUGUCAUUAUCAUU